CCAAACUAAUUUCUAUCAUCAUGACCCACACCAAUAUCAUUAUCUUGACCAAGACUCUGGGUAUCAACCAGCAUUCUCACUUGGACAAUCCAUCAGGAAAGCUUUCGGUCAUCAGAUGCAAGCUCAAAGCCGCCAAGGAUUAAUUCAAGCCAUCACUCCGAUUGGAUUAUUGUUGACCUUGAUCGCCACCAUUGCUGUCAGCCUUUACACGAGCUAUAUCAAUGGGGAAAAUAACCGAAGAUUCCAAGAAUCAUUGAACAAUAACAACAAUAAUCCAGCUCCAGCUCCAGCUCCAGCGCCAAGACCUGUUGCAAUAAGCCAGUUUAUUUCAAUCCUGAUUAAAGUCCCCGGAGCAGGAGCUGGAAUUAACAUCCGUCUUACUCGAAGGCAAAGACAAGCACCCAUCAUUGGGCAGACCAACGCACAAGGAGAGUUCAGAACCUCCGUGUUACGUAAUGUUCCGAUUGAGGUGACCAUAAGCGGGAAAAUAGACGACGAUAAUGUAAUCGAUGUCACUCAGAGAAUCACACCAUCUUCCACAGCCGCUGAGUUUGUCAUACCCACAUUCAAAAAGGAAGAGGUGGAAGCGGGGACAUACAAGGUGAUUUUGAGCUGGUCUUCAACUGUCCUUGAUCUGGACUUGGCAGCCUUGAGAAGAGUCGAUGGGUCAUGCAAUUGUUUGCACUUCUUUGGUGGCGAAGAGGGCUCAUCAUGCGGAACGGACCAAGAAGUUUUACUCGACGAGGAUAAUAUCUUGAGCACUGGCAUUGAAGUCCUGACCAUUCAACCUAAAAUGCCCCGAUCUAUCGAUUCUUCCGAUGCCAUGCCAACAAUAUAUGACAUUUUUGUUCAUAACCCAGAAGAGGUACCAAGUAUAGCGAGAUCUGGUGCGAUCAUCACAGUGUUCGGUCAGCAAACUUCGGCGAAUGUCCUAACUUCGAAAUCGGAGAUUGAGCCAACUUCGCUAUCGGUGAAUGUCCCAACUUCGGACCCCAACUCAAAUAGCUUAUUUUGGUUGGCGGGUUCUUUAAAUCUUGAGACUGGAAUACUUGAACCAACGUCCGCUUCUGAGUCUUUUGCUGAUUUGACAACCGAAGGUGAUUGUACCGAACUUAUCGAGCAAGCCUAUGGUGGUAUUUAGGAAAAUCGAGUUUAGUCAACCUACCAUAUUGGUAAACAUGCUAGUCUGAGAAAUAAUAAUAGUAUUUCAUUUAUUUUCAUAUGAUACAAUAUAAUGUAUGAUACAAUGAUUAUAUGAUACAAUAUAAUGUACAAUAUAAUCUUUUCU